GUAAUAACUAGAGGUAGUGAUCAAGUCGCUAUUAGUUCUAAAUUUGAAGUUCGUAAUGAUCCGGCUGUAGUACGAAAUUUCGGGCAAAUUCUCGUUGAAUUCUCCAAAAUUGUUCCCGACGGAAUUGUUGCAUUCUUCCCGAGCUAUUUAUACAUGGAAUCAAUAGUGGCUAUGUGGAACGAUAUGGUUUCGGAAGGUAUUGAUUUUGAUCAUAAUUAUGGACGUGCUGUAAUUAUGUUUGGUGUACCAUAUCAAUAUACAGAGACUCAAUGCGUUGGGAGAGUUUUAAGAGGAAAAACUGAUUAUGGUCUAAUGAUAUUUGCCGAUAAG